AGGUCCACAGCGUGCGCCUGUCUAAGCUCUAACCUCGAAAUUAUUUUAUAAACAUGUCAAUCACGCUGUAAAUGUGAUACUGAUUUGUAUUUGUGAUUACCAAAUAUAUAAUAUAAAAAAUAAGUGCACACAAUGGGAAAACGUAAAGGAAAGUGUGUUAAAAAGAAUACGCUAACAAAACAAUCUAUAGAGCCAGAGAAUUUAGUGAAAGCGCCGCAUUCAUUUGUUAUACAUCGUGGAAAAUGUUCGAAAGAUCUUAUGGAUUUGACGAAAGAUUUCAGGAAGAUAAUGGAACCAUUUACAGCAUCACAGCUCAAAGAAAGGAAAAAGAACACAAUAAAAGAUUUCUUAUCUAUAUCAGGAUAUCUACACGUGUCUCACAUGAUGGUGUUCACAGAGACUGAGUUGGGAUCCUAUAUGAGAUUAGCAAGGCUGCCCAGAGGACCAACUCUUACUUUCCGCAUACAUAAUUAUACUCUUUCGCGUGAUGUCAUAUCAGCUCUCCGGAAGCAGUAUGUUAUAUCGCGCGCAUUUCAAAACGCUCCACUAAUAGUACUCAACAGUUUCUCAGGAGAAGGGAUGCACAUGAAAUUGAUGGCUACAAUGUUCCAGAACAUGUUUCCUACGAUAAAUAUUACAACGGUUAAACUUAAAAACAUUAGACGCUGUGUGCUGAUGAACUACAAUCCAUCUACUAAAUUGAUAGAUUUUCGGCACUAUGUUAUCAGAGCGACGCCUGUCGGUCUUAAUAAGGGUACGAAAAAGAUGGUACAAGGCAAGAUACCUAAUCUCAAUCGCUGUAAAGACAUGUCGGAGUUUUUCGAUAAAGCGGCGUUACUGUCGGAGAGCGAGUUUGAAGAUGACGGCACUAACCAGGUGGAGCUCCCGCAGCGGCUGUGCGCGCGCGGGGCGGCGGCGCGCUCGCGCUCGGCGCUGCGCCUCGUGGAGCUCGGCCCGCGCAUCGCGCUGCAGCUCAUCAAGGUGGAAGACGGUCUAAUGGACGGUGAAGUUCUAUUCCACGAGCUUGUAGAGAAAACAGACGAAGAAAAAGCAUUAAUAAAGAAGAAGCGUGAAGAGAAAAGACGACUUAAAGAGAAGCGCAAGUCACAACAAGCUGAGAACGUGAAACGGAAGGAGAAAGAGAAGGAAGAUUUGAAGCAAAAGGCAUUAGAGGGAAUUAAAAAGAAGAAAGAGAUGACAGAGAAUCAAAGGCUAAUGGAGCUGGCGUCCGCGGAGAGCCAGGGGGCCGCCGGCGCCGAGCCGGACGAGGACGACGACGCCGACUACUACCGGCAGGAGGUCGGCGCCGAACCCGAGCAAGAUCUGUUCAGUCAAAAUCCGUCAAGAAAACGAAAAUCAGAUAACAGCGAAGGUGAACCGCGAGGCUUUAAAAAGAUGAGAUUAGACAAGAAGUUAAAAAAGAAGUACCAAAAGAACCAAGAAACUGGACAGUAUCAAGAUAAUAAGAAUAAGAGAAGGUUCCAGAAUAAAGAUGGUGGAAACUCCUAUAAUAAUAAAGACGAUAAUAGGAAAAAAUUCAACGACAAAGAUGGAAAAUUUAAAAACCAAAGAAGGAACAAUCAGGGCGGUAACCCCAAGAAAGUCUUUGGCGGCAAAUUUAAUAAAAAUAACAGAACAGGUGGUAAAAGCAGGCCAAACAAAGGGCAUGCAGGAAAAGGCAAAGGAAAAUCUAGAAAAUAGUAUUUAUACUAAACAUUGUUAUUGUAAGCUGUGUAAUAUACUUUUUAAAAUUAUAUGACAA